AUGAGUAGUGGUUGUGUUGAUCUACGAAAACGUUGGGACAAUCUCGUUGGUAAACCGGGCAAUGUAGCAGUUGAAAUCAUUCAACGAGAUGGUGAACGAAAUAUUGAAGUAGUCGAUGACGGUACACCAGAGGCCGAUGCGAAUAUCCGACAUGGUGUUGUACGUGUCAUUCUGGAUGAAAAUAAAAGGGUUAAAUAUCCACCAAUUCGGCAAAAUUGA